AUGGGCGCCAAUAACCGAGCCGACGCCCAUGAUACCCAUGCAUCCUCAGAGGGAAACGGCACCAAACCUGGCACAAAAAAGAAGCCUACCCAGGUAUAUCCCUUGUCUGGAUACUACAAGUUGGUUUUAAAUGGUUUCUCUCCUUAUGAAGGCCGCGCAGCGACCGAACGAUCGACCAACGUUAAGCCCGAGGAUAAGUCGCUACCCGCGUCGCCAACCAAAGCCGAUACACCUCAAGACAGAAUGGCAAUUGUGUUCGGCACACGUCUUGCAGGCCCAGGACGCCAAUCGCGCUACAAUCCUGGUGAGGCACCACCAGAGUCUUUGUGGAGGACCGUCAAUGGAGUGCCCAUUCCGCCCCGCCCUGACGAACCCGACAACUGCUGCAUGAGUGGUUGCGUCCACUGCGUCUGGGAUGACUUCCGAGAUGAGAUGGAGGAUUGGGCUGCAAGAGUCAAUACGGCUAAGGCCAAGGGAGGAUCCGAGAAGGGAACAACGGACAUGCGCACUGGACCCCGAGCAGAAGUUGAUUCGGCAAGCCAGAGUAUGGAUGAUGAUGGUGGGGGAAGUGCUUCCAACUGGUCGGCGCCGAGUCAAGACGACGACUUGUUCUCCAGUAUCCCAGUGGGUAUUCGAGAGUUCAUGAAGACGGAGAAGAGAUUGCGAGUGAAACACCAAAAAGAAGCCUCGGCCUGA